AGCUGAAGCGAGUAUUAACCAUGCAAGAUGUCGGAAGUCAUCAAAAAUUCACAUCAGAGUAAUUGCAGUGGCUUGGGUCAAAAAAAAAAAAAAGUAUCAUAGCAUUCCUUGCCUACAUGUUGUCUCUCCCCCUCUUAAAUCUUAACUUGGUACAGUCCGUUAACAAUAAAAUACCCUUCUGUAACCUAUAAACUGUUACUCCCAUCAGUUUGUGCUUUCAAACUGAUGGCUGACUUCUCUGAAUUUGUGUGGAGCAACACGGGUGACGAUGCUCUGUCCUGGGGGCUGUGAGCACCCUUUUUAAGGGGACCCUGCAAUCUCAUUGUCUAAUUAGACUCUAGUGCUUCAGUCGUAUCAGCAUUUGCAGGGUGCUAUCUUUUCCUUUUUCUUCGUACUCUCUCUUCUUUCUCUCUUCCCUGUCUCUCGCUCUCCUCUCCUCCCCCCUUUCAUUUCUGGCUGUUCGGAGUGGGGAAAACUUGAGCACUGGUUCCAACAGAGCUCAUCCCACAUAGAAGGUAUGGAAGAGCUGCAGUGACCAACAACGUCGACCGGUCUCCUUAAAUUGGAGAAACUCCUUAAAUUGGAGAGCUGCAGGGCUUCCUAAAGAAUGAAAAGGACAAUGCCCUGCUGUCUGCCAUCGAAGAGUCCCGGAAGAGGACCUUUGGCAUGGCUGAGGAGUACCAUCGAGAGUCAAUGCUGGUCGAGUGGGAACAAGUGAAGCAGCGGAUUCUCCACACCCUGCUGGCAUCAGGAGAAGAUGCCCUUGACUUUACUCAAGAAAGCGAGCCAAGUUACAUCAGUGAUGCAGGACCCCCUGGUCGAAGCUCUCUAGACAGCAUUGAAAUGGCCUAUGCCCGGCAGAUUUAUAUCUAUAACGAGAAGAUCGUAAACGGACACCUGCAGCCUAACCUCUUGGACCUCUGUGCAUCCGUCGCAGAGCUGGAUGAUAAGAACACCUCCGACAUGUGGGCCAUGGUGAAACAAAUGACGGAUGUGUUGUUGGUGCCAGCGACUGACGCCCUGAAGAGCCGCAACAGCGUGGAAGUGCGCAUGGAGUUUGUCAGGCAGGCCUUGGGGUACCUGGAGCAGAGUUAUAAGAAUUACACCCUUGUGACUGUCUUUGGAAACUUGCAUCAGGCCCAGCUGGGCGGAGUGCCAGGGACUUACCAGUUGGUUCGAAGUUUCCUGAACAUUAAACUUCCAGCUCCCUUGCCUGGACUUCAGGAUGGAGAGGUGGAAGGCCAUCCUGUGUGGGCGUUAAUUUAUUACUGCAUGCGCUGUGGAGACCUGCUUGCUGCUUCACAGGUGGUGAACCGAGCCCAGCACCAGCUGGGAGAGUUCAAAACUUGGUUCCAGGAGUACAUGAACAGCAAGGACAGGAGAUUGUCCCCAGCUACGGAAAACAAGCUCCGACUGCAUUACCGCAGGGCCCUCAGAAACAACACGGACCCCUACAAACGGGCCGUGUACUGUAUCAUUGGCAGAUGCGACGUCACGGACAACCAGAGCGAGGUGGCCGACAAAACUGAGGACUACCUGUGGCUGAAGUUGAACCAGGUGUGUUUCGAUGAUGAUGGCACCAGCUCCCCACAGGACAGGCUCACUCUCUCUCAGUUCCAGAAACAGCUGUUGGAAGACUAUGGCGAGUCCCACUUCACGGUGAACCAGCAGCCCUUCCUCUACUUCCAAGUGCUGUUCCUGACGGCGCAGUUUGAAGCCGCCAUUGCCUUUCUCUUCCGCAUGGAGCGGCUGCGCUGCCAUGCCGUCCACGUGGCGCUGGUGCUCUUUGAGCUGAAGCUGCUUUUAAAAUCCUCAGGACAGAGUGCUCAGCUCCUUAGCCAUGAGCCUGGUGACCCUCCCUGCAUGCGGAGGCUGAACUUUGUGCGGCUGCUCAUGCUCUACACCCGAAAGUUUGAGUCCACGGACCCGAGAGAGGCCCUCCAGUACUUUUACUUCCUCAGGGAUGAGAAGGAUAGUCAAGGAGAAAACAUGUUUCUGCGCUGUGUGAGCGAGCUGGUGAUAGAAAGUCGAGAGUUCGAUAUGAUUCUUGGGAAACUGGAGAAUGAUGGAAGCAGAAAGCCUGGAGUCAUAGAUAAGUUUACCAGUGACACAAAGCCUAUUAUCAACAAAGUUGCUUCCGUGGCAGAAAAUAAAGGACUAUUUGAAGAAGCAGCAAAGCUUUACGACCUUGCCAAGAACGCUGACAAGGUGCUGGAGCUGAUGAACAAACUGCUUAGCCCCGUUGUGCCCCAGAUCAGCGCACCGCAGUCCAACAAGGAGCGGCUGAAGAACAUGGCCCUCUCCAUCGCAGAACGGUAUAGGGCCCAGGGAAUCAGUGCAAAUAAAUUUGUGGACUCCACAUUCUAUCUUCUGUUGGACUUGAUCACCUUUUUUGACGAGUAUCACAGUGGGCAUAUUGACAGAGCCUUUGAUAUAAUUGAUCGCUUGAAGCUGGUGCCCCUGAAUCAGGAAAGUGUGGAAGAGAGAGUGGCUGCCUUCAGAAAUUUCAGUGAUGAGAUCAGGCACAACCUCUCAGAAGUGCUUCUCGCCACCAUGAACAUCUUGUUCACACAGUUUAAGAGGCUCAAGGGGACAAGUCCAUCCUCGGCAUCCAGGCCUCAGCGAGUCAUCGAGGACCGUGACUCUCAACUCCGCAGCCAAGCCCGAGCCCUGAUCACCUUUGCUGGGAUGAUACCCUACAGGACAUCUGGGGAUACCAACGCGAGGCUGGUGCAGAUGGAGGUCCUCAUGAAUUAAGUGUGAUGUUCUGAGGGGCUCUCGGGGCUGCUUGCUGUCAGUACCUCGGGGCCCUCCAGGGUGGGGGCUGGUUUCUGGUUUUGUUUCUGUUGUGUUUGUUUUGUUUCAUUUUUCUGUAUUAUGUAUUUUUUGUCAACACCAAUAAAUUUCUUUGAUUUGUAUUUUUUUUCACAUUC